GCCUUCUCUUCCGGCGUCACCAACAAUAGUCAUCUAGGCGCGGAAACGGGAGUGCAGCCGAAGUUUAGAGGCAAAAAUUUGCGCCGUAAUGUUACAUUGUACGUCAUAAAUUCUUAUUUACGGUUAGACGGUGUCUGGACUGGGCGUGGACAGAUAAACAUGCAGGUAUUUACAGAAGAAACGGCCUAACUGCAUUUAUGGCUCCCCCUCUUUUCUAUAGACGUCCCAGAUGUCCAUGUGAUGCGCAGCGUUUUGGGCUUGUUUGACAGGCGUCCUCACAUGCAAAGAAUUAUUAAAUGUGGCCUUUUGGGCAUUGAAUAUGAUGAAAAUAUAGAUAUUGAUGAUUAUGACGACUGGGCAGGGAGUCAGAACAGUUUUCAUGGGUUCUCGAAUAGUGGUAGAGUUGUAGGGGGGAGUCAUACCGGGCCGCCUAGCUUUGUUUAUCAUCCUGCUCUGCAUUAUGGCACUUCUGCUCGAAGCCCUUCCUGUCCACCCUUUGUGAAAGUUCAGGCAAAGGAGAGCGAUUCUGAACGGAGAGCCAGACUACUACAAGAGGCUAAAAGAAACAAAGAAAAGGCUGAGAAGAAGCGUCUUAAGAAACAGAAACAAAAGCAAAGAAAACAAAUGGAGAAGGAGAAGCAAAAUCCCGCCAAAGAUAAUGAGAAAAAAGAUGAAGGGGAGCCCUCAAAGUCAGAGGAGGACAAAUGCGUUGGUGAUGAAACGCAGGAAGAGGCCACCUCCAGCGAUAAACAGGCUGCAGCGAAAGAUACGGAUAGUGACAGCGACAACAGCGAACACGAAUCUAGCGAUGAAGACGGCGACUCUAAAGUUGACUCUGAGGAAUUAGAUAUGACGAGUUCUUUUGUGAGCAAAGCGGCGUUAAUAGCAAAACGCCAAUUGGAGCAGAAUCCCAGAUCUGAGAAGAAGAAGAAUCCGGACAAAGAGAAGCCUAAAAAUGCUGCAGAUAAGGCAGCUGAGGGGCACAAGCUUCAAAAGGAGGACUGUAGCUCCAGCUUUGUAGACAACGUUAAAAUAAGCACCGAGCUUGCAAUUUUAGGAAAUAAGUUUGCCAAUCUCGGAGACUACAGUAUGGCGGUUAAGUAUUUUACAGAUGCAAUCAAGUACAAUCCUAAAGAGUUCAAGCUCUUUGGGAACCGGUCGUUCUGUUAUGAGAAGCUGCUAGAAUACGAUAAAGCUCUGACCGAUGCGGAGCUGUCCCUCGCCAUCAGUCCGGGCUGGGUUAAAGGCUUGUUUAGGAAAGGCCGAGCUUUGGCAGGACUUAAGAGGUAUGAAGAAGCUGCUCAGGCCUUCAAGGGUGUUCUCAAACUAGAAAGUUCAUAUGCAGAAGCGGCCCAGGAGCUUAUGCGUGUGCAGAUGAUACAACUAAUGGAAUGUGGUUUUACUCGGGAGCAGAGCUCGAAUGCUUUAAUUAUUCACGGGACAGUGCAUAAAGCCUUAGAAGCCCUGUCCAAACUAGCCUGUAAUCCCGAAGCUCUUCGUAACGGGACUCCCCCACCAGCUCAAGUAGCCAAUGUCAACGGAGUUUCUCCAAUCCUGUCAGCCAAUAGAAUUCACUCACCUUCAGCUGAGUCUCAAAAAACCAAACGGACGGAUUCGGGCCCCAACCAUGAUGCACCUCCUCUUCUCCAGAAUCAACCAACUGAAGCUCCACGUAUGAAGGAUAAGGAACAACAACAACCCCCUCCAGGGCUGUUUCCAGUCUGGGUAGGAAACCUGACUCACCCGGUACCUGAGUCUGCCAUCACCAAAGUGUUUAACAAGGCUGGACCCGUCUAUAGUGUGAAGAUUCUGCAGUACAAACGCUGUGCCUUUGUCAACUACACCAAACAAGAGCAUUGUCAAGAAGCAAUCCAACGCUUGCAUGGUUAUGUGCUGAAUGGCAUGAAGAUUGCGGUGAGAUACCCGGACAGGAUUCCUGCAGGAAUGGGGAUUUCCAAAUCUGCCCUCAAAGCUAGAGACCUGCAUGCGGAGAACCCCGGACAAGGGAGGCACCCCGCUGGAGACGCCAAGUCCCUUCCUCCUUUCAGACCUCCGGACCGCCGCGGCGCCACCUAAAAUGAAGAAACAACGGCUGCAAGCCGCAGAGUCUUGAAGAUAACCUCUUCUGUAUCUGUGCCAUUUAUUAUAGACUUUCACUGCUUAUCCUUCUGAAAUAACAUACCGAUAAUCGUUCAGCUGCAUAAAUCAACCUCACGGAAAGUUGAGAAGUUGUCAGUAUCGACUUUAAUGCAUCUUUUUCUUAAUCAAUAAGCUUGACAAAAUGUGCACAAGAGCCAGAAUUUUUUUUUUUUAUAAAUAUAUAUCACUAUUGUCGAAUUAAUGAAGUUGCCUCAGUGUUGCAUUGUUGGAGGAAAAAGCCAGCUUCCAAUGAUAAAUCGCUAACAGGCUGCAGGCUGAGAAGUAUUAGACAUUUUCUCCUUAAUUCCAUUAAUAGAACUUGAAUGUGAGGCCUGUAACUGCCUCACUUUAUGUUUUUAUUCAUUCAAACCUUGGAGUUUUUUGACUCCAAGUCGACGAUUUUAAUAUUUUUUUCAAAAAUAAAAUGUGGCGGUUUAUUUGCUAGUUCAUCCUUGGCCUCUGUGCAACUUCUCGAUCUCUAAAGUGCUUAAUCACGAGGCUGUUUAUGGAGGAAGAUGUCGCUCGUGAACCCGUAAUAUGAACAGAAACUUACUUUAUUACUGUGUUCCCGCUGCAUCUUCAGAAUAAACUUCAUAUUGUAAAUUUAAA